AUGGGACCAACACCCACAAUAAGGCCCCUGGACUAUGACAGCAAAGAGAACAAAGCGAACACGAAUUGCCCUCCUCGCCCGGGGCCCCUUUUGUGCUGCUCCUGCCAACGCAGCAGCCGCCUGCUAUAUAGACCCGCUGCCCGCUGCCGCCCCUCCACCGACCCGCACGGCCAUCCACCAGCCCAGCCAUACCUCAGCCGCUGCAACUCCAUCCGCGUGGACAGCGGCUGCUGGAUGCUCUAUGAGCGCCCCGACUACCAGGGCCCCCAGUACUUCCUGCGGCGCGGCGACUACCCCGACCACCAGCAGUGGCUGGGCCUCAGCGACGUGGUCCGCUCCUGCCGCCUCAUCCCCCAGAGCAGCUCCCACAGGAUCAGACUGUACGAGAGGGAGGACUGCAGAGGCCAGAUGGUGGAGAUCGCGGAGGACUGCUCCUCUCUCCAGGACCGCCUGCACUUCCAGGAGGUCCACUCCUGCAGCGUGCUGGAGGGCUGCUGGGUCCUCUAUGAGAUGCCCAGCUACCGGGGGCGGCAGUACCUGCUGCAGCCGGGGGAAUACAGGCGCUCCCACGACUGGGGGGCCGCCAGCGCCCGAGUGGGCUCCCUGAGGAGGGCCACGGAUUUCUAUUGAAAGGUUUUUCCUCUACCCUUUCCUCCCUCUGGAAGCUAAUAAACUAUUUCCUGUGUGUUUCAUGCA